AUGACCCGCUUUGGCGACUUUGCGCCUCUGUGCCACCAUACCCCGUCUUACCCAUGGUGCAACCUUUUCUAUCGUUUCCUGCUCGACAAUUCUCCGGAUACCCUACAGAACCAGGGCAACGAUGAUGCUGUCGGGGUCAAUCCAGUGUGCGGUAUUCCGAGGGUAGGAACGGACGGCAGCAUCAGCAACAUUGCAGAAAUCGUCGUCUGCGCGCUCAGCAUGGUCUUCGUCGGUCUCCUCAUCUUCCUCACCAACCGACGCAAAGCCGCAGUCGGCAGGGUCGAGCUCCGUUUCCUGCUCUUCCUCUAUUUUCUCACUUUACCCUUCUCAAUAUUGACCCAAGGCUCCCUGCUGGAGCAGGGCACGACCGCGCUGGUCGUACUCACAGCCAUCCAUGCAGGUCUCGUUGCUGCUCUUUUCGCUGCCCUCCUUGCCAACGCCAUCGUCGCGACGCAGGUCGUCGAGGACGGCACUAUGGCGUCCAUCAUGCCCUUCAGCAUUCUCACACUGGCAUUUUUUGUCGCUACCCUCUAUAUAUCCCUCGAUGUCGCCCUCGGAUUCUCCAACGCCCUAAAACCCUCCGACCCGGCGGCAGACUUGCAUUCUAUACCUCUAUUUAUCUUCACAACCAUAUGGCCCGGAGCGUGCGCUGUCAUCUUCUUUGCCUUGAUGGCGUACAUUGUACUUGCCGUCCUCAACGAGACACGUCCCAUGUGGUUCUACGUCCUUGCCGCAGUCCUUUUCGUGCUUUCCCAGCUUGCAUGGUUUUUGUUGGGGAGAGUAAUUUGUAGCGGGAGUAAUUCCAAGGUCGACGGCAGCUUCAUUGCUACGCUCCUUGAGACUGCGUGCAUAGGUGUUCUCUAUUUGGCGUGGAGAAGUAUAACCGAAGAAUCGUGGGACGAUGGCACUUAUUAUCCUUCAUAA